AUGUCCCCCGUCAUCAUCGACACGUCCGACGACCUCGACCUGCGCCCCGCCACCAUGACGAAAUCAUCCGCCGCCGCCGCCCGCACCCUGUUGUUGGCCCCGCCGUCCGUCGCCGCCCACGAGGACCGCCUGCGCGACGCCCUCGCCGGCCUCGACCGCGCCCGCACCGACAUCCAGAUGCUCGACCGUCUCGCCGCCCGGCUCGUCACCCUGCCGCCCGCCGCCUACGACCAGGUCCUCGUCCUCGCCGACCCCGAGUCCGUGCCGCUGCAGCAGCUCGGCCGCGACGUCUACGCCCUGCUCGUGCCCGCCAUGCGGACCGGUGCCGCAUUGCGCUUCCAGAGCGGCCGCCCCGGCGCGCGCGACGCCAAGGAGGCUAUCCUCGCGGGCCUGGUCGAGCGGGACGCCGGCGCUGCGUUUGACAAGGUCGACGAGGAGGAGACGGUCGUCCCCCUGCGGCUGGGCAAGAAGAAGACGAACGGCGUUGCGCCGCCGCAGAAGAAUGGUGCCGCUGUCGAUGAGAAUGCCGUCAAGUUUGACCUGAGCGCCCUCAAUGACCUCGACGACGACGACGAGAUUAUCGACGAAAACGACCUGCUCACAGAGGAAGACCUCAAGCGCCGGCCCGUGCAGCCCGAGAACUGCAACCCCCAGAAGCGCCGACGCCCCUGCAAGGACUGCACGUGCGGCCUCGCCGCCAAGUUCGAGGCCGAGGACAAGCAGCGCCGCGCCGAGGCCGACGCCGGGCUCGGCGCCCUCAAGCUCGACGUAAACGACCUCAACGAGCUCGACUUCACCGUCGAAGGCAAGACGGGCUCCUGCAACAACUGCUCCCUCGGCGACGCCUUCCGCUGCAGCACCUGCCCUUACAUCGGUCUGCCUGCCUUCAAGCCCGGCGAGGAGGUUCGCCUGCUCAACGACGUGGCCCAGCUGUAA